ACCCUGAGGACAGCGUGCCUAGGAUGCGAUAUCCCACCACUGCUCUCUGAAUUUCCACCAAUCCUGGAGAAAUGGCCUGGUUUCUCAUGGGCCUUCCUGGAGGGCAGAGGAAGCCAUGGAGAAGCCCUUGAGUCGUGCCUGCUGUGUCCCAGCUGUUGCUGGGGGCUCCUCCAGUGACUUGCUUAGUUCCCAACGCAGCCCUGUGAAGCAGGGCCCCUCUGCUCCCCUUGCUAGAGGAGGAAGGUAUUGAAAAGCCUGGGCUUUAAUGACCAUUUUUUUUUCUGACCUGGAAACAGUUUAAAGGAAAGGUUAUCUUCUAUAAGUCAUUGAUAGUCUUCUUACUGCUAUUUGUAAACUUAUUUUAGAUUGGAGAUUGCUUCUGCUUUGCAGAAAUUAUCUGCUUGGAGCCAUGCAUAAUUUAUAACAAUCUCUGGCAAAACCUCAGAAGAGAUAUGCUCUAGUCUCAGGCGGACGUCAGAGGCGGGAGCAGCACCCAGUGAAAACACUCCCCCAGUGACUGGCAGAGGCAUAGCCUCUGAGAGCUUUCUUCAUGAGGAUUAUGACACAGUUAAAAAGGAAAAAGGGCGCCAGGCAAAGCAGAGUCACCGAUGAAGUUGGAGAGGGGCUCUUUUGAGAACGAGGGGGUGACUGUGGACGCUGGAGCCCUUUGGCAGGACGGUGAAACUCUUCCAAAUUGGGUGGAAGAAAAAGGAGAAGAAAUGGCCCACGAAGUCAAUCUGGAUUCCCUCAAGGAGUUAGAACUCGAGGUCAUUCUCCAGGUCCUGCACCGUGACCAGGCUGUUCAAAGCCUAGAGGAAGAAAGGAUAAGGAAACUGAAAACACACCUGCAGCAUCUCCGGUGGAAAGGAGCCAGGAACUCCAGCCGUGAGUACAAGGAGAAGUGCUGUGCACGCUGCCAGCGGGCCUUGGGGCUGCUGCUGAACCGGGGGACCGUGUGCCUGGGCUGCAGCCACUGUGUGUGCUCUGAGUGCCGUGUGUUCCUGGGGAGGAGCUCCACCUGGAAGUGCACGGUGUGCUUCGAGGAAAGAAACGUGAAAGCAAAAACUGGGGAAUGGUUCUUUGAGGAACGAGCCAAAAAAUUUCCAACUGCAGGCAAACGGGAGACAGCUGGGGCCAAGCUCCUGCAAUCUUAUCAGAGGCUGAGCAGCAAAAUUUCUGUGGUGCCUCCUACUCCUCCUCCUCUCAGUGAAAACCAGUGCAGCGGCAGCCCUGGCAGGGUACGUGAGACUUUACAGGAACUUGGUCAGUUCAGAGGAUUUAAUAAGUCCGUGGAGAAUUUGUUUCUGUCUGUUACCACCCACGUGAAAAAGCUCUCCAAGUCCCAGAAUGACAUGACAUCUGAGAAGCAUCUUCUAGCCACCAGCCCCAGGCAGUGUGCAGGCCAGACGCAGAGACGGAGCCAGUCAGACACUGCGGUCAACGUCACCACCAGGAAGGUCAGCACACCAGAUAUUUCCAAGCCUCUUCCUCAAGAGGAUCCCAGACGCUCUGCCAGCCUUGGUUUGAGGCAAGAUGCUCUCCCACUGGGCCCCUCCCCGAGCCCUUUGUUCUCCGGAGGCUUGAGACACGGAAGUUUAAUUAGCAUUAACAGCACUUGCACAGAGAUGGGUAAUUUUGACAACGCUAAUGUCACUGGAGAAAUAGAAUUUGCCAUUCGUUAUUGCUUCAAAACCCAUUCUUUAGAAAUAUGCAUCAAAACCUGUAAGAACCUUGCUUAUGGAGAAGAAAAGAAGAAAAAGUGUAACCCGUACAUAAAGACCUACCUGCUGCCUGACCGAUCGUCUCAGGGAAAACGCAAGACUGCAGUCCAAAAGAACACACUGGACCCGACCUUUCAGGAGACCCUGAAGUAUCAGGUGGACGUUGCUCAGCUGGCGACCCGGCAGCUGCAAGUCUCUGUGUGGCACCUGGGCACGCUUGCCAGGAGGGUGUUCCUUGGAGAAGUGACUGUUCCUCUGGCCACAUGGGACUUUGAAGACAGAGCAACACAGUCCUUCCGCUGGUAUCCACUCCGGGCCAAGAACGAGAAAUAUGAAGACAGCAUUCCUCAGAAUAAUGGAGAACUUGCUGUUCGGGCCAAACUGGUUCUCCCUGUAGGGCCCAGAAAGUCCCAGGAAGCUCUAGAAGGGACAGAUCAGCCAUCACUUAAUGGUCAACUCUGUUUGGUAGUGCUGGGCGCCAAGAACUUACCUGUGCGAUCGGAUGGUACCUUAAACUCGUUUGUUAAAGGCUGUCUCACUCUGCCAGACCAACAAAAGCUGCGACUGAGGUCCCCGGUGCUGCAGAAGCAAGCUCACCCCCAGUGGAAACACUCCUUCGUGUUUAAUGGCGUCAGCAGGUCUCAGCUGAGGCAGUCGAUUCUGGAACUGACUGUCUGGGACCAGGCCAUCUUUGGAAUGAGCGAACGCUUGCUGGGGAGAGCCAGGCUUGGUUCAAAGGGGGAUACAGCUGGUGCAGACUCAUGUGCACAAUCAAGGCUGCAAUGGCAGAAGGUUCUCUCCAGCCCCAACUUAUGGACGGACAUGACGCUCAUCCUGCACUGAAGUGAAGGCCUCAGAGCUCCAGGCUAUGCUGGAUGUGCCAAAGCCUGGAGCCUACAGAAGCCACGGGCUGACCAUGGAUGGACGGGCCCUCUGGACUGUGCAGACUCUCCUGGUGGUUCUGUUAUGUCCCUCACUGUCUUGUGUACUUAACAGAGCAGUUAUCCAUGUUACCUAAGUCUCAGAUGGGUUCCUAGCUGUUCUCUGAGAGGUGGAAAGCGGCCAUAUUUCAAUAAAUGUUUGGCAGUUACCCUG